CUGAACAAUACCAAACGCCAAACGACCGCGCCAUCCUUUCACUAACCUUGACCUGACUUGCUGGGAGGCUGACGGUCUGUUUAUUUCGAAUCAUGUUUAUGACCUAUAGAAGUUUAGCUGUGAGCAAUGAAUCAUUCGUCUUCGCGCAAGCGGCCUUUCACAACGAGAGGAUCGCUUAGCGACAACGAUCCCGAAGAGGCGAAUGCAACCGACGUUAUUAUUGAUAAUCCGAAAAAGAACAAGAGUGUUGAUCCCGUUCAAGAUGUUGCGCUCAUAUCGAAGGACGAAGCAUGGAAAUUCGAUACGUCCGAGCUACUGGAUUCUCACAUCACGAUCCCUGCGCUCGGUUCCGGGCAGAUUGACGGGAACAACUUCAAGCGAUACGACUCGUCCAAGUCGCUGUUUUUGCUUUGCGUAGUUGGCGAGAUGACGUUGCAGCUCGAUCUGCUCUGCUCAGUUUAUUCCACCCUCAUCCAAUGCUCGCCAAAUAUCCAGUCCCUCGUUUUAACUCGCGAGUCCAAAGCUUUGACCCGGGCUAUGGAAACGUCGCCAAUCUGUCUGCCUGUCGUCGAGACGCAAGGUAACCCGGCAAACCACUUCCUCAAGCUAGGACUGCUGCACCCGCUAGGUGGUGGUCGGCAGCCUCUCGACGCUAUGGUGGUAAUUGACACAGAGAGCAGGCGGAGGAUGGUUCUACCGUUUGGCUGGGGUGCUGGCCGGCACAUUAGCGAUCCGGUGACGGGACCAAUUGUCCAGCAGCGGUUCAUUGCGCUGUUGAUAAAUGGGGUCCAAACGUUGGAAAGGGAGAAGGCGGACGCAACCAAGGACUUCUACGAUACUGCGAUGAAUCGCUUCUAAAUAUGUUUAAACCUUUCAGUUACCAGUGUGCGAUGGUUCCAAAUCAACAUGGCGCAGCCUCAAAGGCUCUUCAUGCACACAUGGUAUUUUCUUCCUGUCUUCGAGCGGGAUAUUUAACACGGACUAAUCACCCAGGCCUGUCCCUUUAUCACAUUGCACUGACGAGACGUAAAUUAUAUCUAGUCAUCAUGUAGCUACCCGAACUUCCAUUGUACAUCG